UUUUUCUUAAUGAGUGUGACGGCGGCACCGGAUCGAGCAAUGGCGGUCGGUAAAAUACCGGAAUUUAAAAUGGGAACGGAUAAUUGGAGGCUGUACGUAGAUCGCUUAGAACAAUACUUUUUAGUGAAUAAAAUUGAUGCAUCGUUGUAUGUACCAACGUUAAUUACGGUGAUGGGAGCUGAGUGUUACGAACUUUUAGUGAAUUUGUGCACGCCCGUCAAACCAUCUACCAAAACAUUUACAGAAGUGACGUCAAUAUUAGAAAAACAUUUACAACCUAAGCCAAGUAUUUUAGCCGAACGUUUUAAAUUCAGGCAUAGGAAGCAGAGUGCGAACGAAUCUAUUUCGGAAUAUGUGGCCGUGUUAAAGCAAAUGUCAAAAGACUGUGAAUUUUCAACUUGGUUAGAGGACAGUUUGCGUGACCAGCUGGUUUGUGGACUGCAGAGUGAGACUAUACGCCAACGGUUGUUUACGGAAGAGUCAUUGGACUUUGCGAAAGCGUAUAAAUUGGCGGUUAGUAUGGAGGCGGCGGAAAAAGACUCGGCUCUCGUGGAGGGUCGCGCGGGACCUUCGAGUGGAGCAGGCACAGUGGAGUGCAAGGCGAUGACACCACGCUGGGCAGGAGGCCAGGCGGGACAGCGAGCUGGCCGGGCGGCGACUCGCGCGGGCCGGGGAGGCCGCGCUGGCGCCAGCGGCGGCGGCGGCCGAGGCCGGGGCCCGGCGCGCGGGGCCCAGCAGUGCAGUGCGUGCGGCGGGGCGCACGACAAGGCGGGAUGCCAAUUUGCUCGUUAUGUAUGCCGGGUAUGCAAUAGACAGGGGCAUUUAAAGCGUAUGUGUCCCAAUAUGACGGAGCAAUACGAUGUGCAUGCCAACACCGUCGUGGAUGAGGAAAAUGCGUGCAGUGAAGACAGUGACGAGUUCCAGAUUCUCUGAGGUGUUAGCGGACG